AUGUUCCACCAGCUGACGGAUCAAACUGUGAAUGGCAGCUGCCAGGCACCCACCUCGGCGUGCAAUAAGAGCGCCGAUGGAGACGCGCUCCAGCUGCCCACUUUCUCCACCGCUGCCAAAGUGAGAGUCAUCAUCACCUUCACUCUGUGCGCGGUGUCAGCUGUGUGCAACUUGGUCGUGUUAUGGGCUGCCAGCAACGGCGGCAAGCGCAAGUCGCACGUCAGGAUCCUUAUAAUGAACCUGACCGUGGCGGACCUGCUGGUGACUUUUAUCGUUAUGCCCGUGGACGCGGUGUGGAACAUCACGGUGCAGUGGCAGGCGGGAGAUGUCGCCUGCAGGGUGCUGAUGUUCAUGAAACUGGUGGCGAUGUACUCUUGCGCUUUUGUAACUGUGGUCAUUAGCUUGGAUAGAAAGUCUGCCAUCCUCAAUCCACUGGGCAUCAGCGAGGCCAAAAGGAAAAGCAAAAUCAUGCUGACUGUGGCCUGGACCAUGAGUGUAUUCCUCUCGCUCCCUCAGAUGUUCAUAUUUCACAAUGUGACCAUCACAGUCCCGGAGAACUUCACCCAAUGCACCACCCACGGCAGCUUCGUCCAGCGCUGGCAGGAGACCGUCUACAACAUGUUCACCUUCGUGUGCCUCUUCCUCCUGCCUUUGGCCAUCAUGAUCUUCUGUUACACACGAAUCUUUAUUGAGAUAUCCAGCCGCAUGGCCCGGGGUAACUUGGUGUCAAGAGAUGUUCAUCUCCGCCGCUCCCACAACAACAUCCCUAAAGCUCGAAUGAGGACUCUUAAAAUGAGCAUUGUCAUCGUGACGUCAUUCAUCGUCUGCUGGACCCCGUACUACCUGCUGGGCCUGUGGUACUGGUUAUUUCCGGAAAAAAUGGAGGAGACUGUCUCUCAUUCACUGACUCACAUGCUGUUUAUUUUUGGCCUCUUCAAUGCCUGCCUGGACCCCAUCACUUAUGGUCUGUUCACUAUUCAUCUUCACCAGGGUCUUAAGAGAUGUUGUCCAACUUCAAACACACGGACUGAAAUAGAAAAUAACACUUGUGUUGUACACAUGACUCGCUUGUCGUCUCAAAGGCAAAUUGUCUUGAGUGGCCACAAUACAGACAUAGAGGAGGAAAAGGACAACAACAGCAUGAGAAGUGGCUCAAGGCCAAUCAUACCAGUAAGUAAGAUAUAA